ACCAUUUGAAACGCAGCUCUGAAUUUAACCAAGAUGUCUGUAAAAAUGACAGCAGCCCUGCUCCUGCUACAGCUGAGUGGAUUCUUUGGAUCUGGGAGUUGUGGGAAGGUGCUGGUGUGGCCAGUGGAGUUCAGCCAUUGGCUCAACUUGAAGACAAUCCUAGAUGAGCUUGUGAAGAAGGGUCAUGAAGUGACUGUUCUGAAACCUUCAGUUUCCUUUUCUUAUGAGGUUGAGGACACAUCUGCUAUUGAAUUUGAAACAUACCCUACAUCAUAUUCCAUGGCUGAUAUAGAGGAAAUUUUCUUAGAAUCCAUCAAUAAACACGUUUAUGAGCUGCCAAAGCUAUCAUUUUGGAGAUACUUUUUAAUGCUGCAAGAACUGUUUUGGUUAGACUCAGAAUUUGGUGAGAGUCUCUGCAAGGACGUCGUUUUCAACAAGGAACUCAUGGCAAACCUACAAAAUUCAAGCUUUGAUGUCAUCCUGGCAGAUCCCUUCAUACCCUGUGGUGACCUGCUGGCUGAGAUUCUCCAGACACCACUUGUGUUCAGUCUUCGCUUCUUUCCUGGCUCUACAUAUGAAAAGUACAGUGGAGGACUGCCACUACCUCCUUCCUACGUGCCACCUGCUUUGUCAGAAUUGAGUGAUCGGAUGACAUUCAUGGAGAGAGUGCAAAGUGUAAUCUAUAGGCUUUGUUUUGACUUUUGGUUCCAAACAUUUAAUGAGAAGAAGUGGAAUCAGUUUUACAGUGAAGUGUUAGGAAGACCCACGACACUCCUGGAGAUGAUGGGGAAGGCAGAUGUAUGGCUCAUUCGAACUUACUGGGAUUUGGAAUUUCCUCACCCUGUCUUACCAAAUUUUGAUUUUGUUGGAGGACUGCACUGCAGGCCUGCCAAGUCUCUGCCUAAGGAAAUAGAAGACUUCGUCCAGUCUUCAGGAGACCAUGGCGUUGUAGUGUUUUCCCUGGGGUCCAUGGUGGGUAACCUAACAGAAGAAAGGGCCAAUGUGAUUGCAGCAGGCCUCGCCCAGAUUCCACAGAAGGUUCUUUGGAGAUUUGAAGGCAAGAAGCCAGAUACCUUGGGCUCCAACACUCGGCUGUACAAAUGGAUCCCCCAGAAUGACCUUCUGGGUCAUCCUAAAACCAGAGCGUUUAUAACUCAUGGUGGCACCAAUGGCAUCUACGAGGCCAUCUACCAUGGGGUCCCAGUGGUUGGCAUCCCUUUGUUUGGAGACCAAUUUGAUAACAUUGUUCACAUGAAGACUAAAGGAGCGGGCGUUAGACUGGACUUUCUCACAAUGUCCAGUGCAGAUUUGCUCAGUGCAGUGAAGACAGUCACCACUGACCCUUCCUAUAAGGAGAAUGCCAUGCGGCUGUCAAGAAUUCACCAUGAUCAGCCAGUGAAGCCCCUGGACAGAGCUGUCUUCUGGGUUGAGUAUGUCAUGCGCAACAAAGGGGCCAAGCACCUCCGUGUUGCAGCACACGACCUCACCUGGUUCCAGUACCACUCUCUGGACGUGCUUGGAUUCCUGCUUGCCUGUGUGGUGACUGUGAUCUUCCUAGUCACGAAGUGCUGUCUCUUUUGUUGCCAGAAGUUUGCUAAAGCUGGAAAGAAGAAAAAAAGGGAGUAACUGAAGUGGGGAGGACAGACACACAGACCUCCUCCAGUAUGCCACAGCAAGGAGGCUGUGAUGGAACACUCCUCCAUCCUGUGACAAGACAAUUUUUCUCUCCUUGACUCAUCAAAUCAUAAUAUUAUUCAUAAAGUUUUAAUAUCUGAAUAUAUGUUAGGAAUACUUUUGGCCAAAAUGGAAGCCAGUAGGAAAAAGUAACCAUCAAACUAUAUUAGUGCCUCUUAAAAUGUAUUUCAGUGGUGUUGGAGAGAUGGUUCCACGAUGUUAAGAGCAUUUCUUGUUCUUGUAGCAUAUCUGAGUUUAUCUCUAAUACUCAUAGAUGGCUCACAACCAUCAGUAACUCCACAAUAUCUGAUAUGCUCUUCUGACUCCUUCAACCAUUGCACGCACAUGCAGGCAAAAAACACUCACACACAUAAAAUAAAAAUAAACAGUCUUUAAAGAACUGCUGUAAGUUACAAGUUACACUGUCUUAAUUUACCAGACAUAAUUCUAGUUCUUAAGUUAAUGACAGACAAAAGAAAAUCAACAAAAUAGACAAACUCUUAUCCAAAUUAACCAAAGGACAGAGAGAGAAUAUCCAAAUUAACAAAAACAGAAGCAAAAAGGGGAACAUAAGACACUUAGGGAAAUUCAGAGAAUCAUAAGGACAUGCUUUAAAAAACAUGUACUCCACAAAAUUUGGAAAAUCUAAAAGAAAUGGAUAAUUUUCUCAACAGGUAUCACUUACCAAAGUUAAAUCAAGGAUAAGAUAAUUUAUGAGGACCUAUAACACCUAGUGAAACAGAAGCAGUCACUAAGCCUGCCAACCAAAAAAAUCCUCUAAUUCAUUACUUUGAGAUUUUUUUAUCAUUUUAAAAAUAUUACUUAAAUUAAAAAAGAUCAUAGACAUGUCAAUGGGUUUAACUUCAGUAAACAUUUUACUAUAUACAUACACACCUUAAAUAAUAUGCAAAUUUAACUACUGAGUCAGUAAAGAAAUGUAAUGUUAAAAAAUCUGAAAUUCACAAUUGUAACAGUAUCCACAAAUAAAAAGAAUGAAAAACAUAAAUCACAUAGAAAAACAAGUUAAUCAGAUAGAUUUACUUAAGAAUAAAAAGACAUUAAAAA